GGCGCGAAAAUGGCGGCGGCGGGAUGCCUGGAGCGCAGCUUGGUGGAGCUGAGCGGAGCUGAGCGUGAGAGGCCCCGGCGCUUUCGGGAACUCACGGUGUGCUGCGUAGGUACGGAAGCAACCCCAGGCAGCGUGAAACACAGCGAGAGCGCGGGAGGCUUCUGCUAUUCAGAAAGUGGCCAUCUGUUCUCCAUCACCAGAAACAGGUUCAUUCAUUGGAAGGUGUCUGGAGAGUUAUUGGAGCUGGUGGAAGAGUCCCUGGACUUAAACUUGUUGAAUAAUGCAGUUCGCCUCAAAUUCCAGAAUUGUAGUGUCUUACCCGGUGGGGUGCAUGUCUCUGAGACUCAUAAUCAUGUGAUCAUCCUAAUCAUCACCAACCAGACAGUGCACAGGUUACUCCUGCCGCACCCAUCCCGCAUGUAUCGGAGUGAACUAUUAACUGAGAAUCAGAUGCAGUCAGUGUUCACUGAUAUUGGCAAAAUUGAUUUCGUGGAUCCUUGCAACUUUCACUUAAUUCCAACGGUGCCUGGACUCGCCCCUAAUGCUGCCACCUCAGCUGCCUGGCUUAGCAACGAUGGGGAGGCGCUGUUCGCUCUGCCAUCUGCUUCCGGGGGGAUCUUUGUUUUAAAACUGCCUCCUUAUGACAUCCCUGGGGUAGUGUCAGUGGUGGAACUCAAACAGAGCUCGGUGAUGCAGCGGUUGCUCAUCGGCUGGAUGCCAACAGCUAUCAGGGGUGACCAGGGCCCUUCGGAUCGUCCCCUCAGCCUUGCUGUGCAUCGUAUGGAGCAUGAUGCUUUCAUCUUUGCUCUGUGCCAGGAUCAUAAGUUGCGGAUGUGGUCUUACAAGGAUCAAAUGUGCCUCAUGGUGGCUGACAUGCUGGAGUUUGUCCCUGUAAAUAAAGACCUUCGGCUCACUGCUGGCACUGGCCACAAAUUACGGCUUGCGUAUUCUUCUUCCAUGGGACUCUGUCUGGGAGUGUACCUACAUGCACCCGGCCAUGGCCAGUUCUGCGUUUUCCAGUUGGCUGGUGCUGAGAAUAACCGCUACAGUCUAGAUCACAUUUCCUCACUCUUCACUUCUCAGGAGACACUGAUUGACUUUGCCUUAAACACUACAGAUAUCUGGGCCCUGUGGCAUGAUGCUGAGAACCGCACGGUUGUGAAAUACAUCAACUUUGAACAUAAUUUUGUAGGUCAUUGGAAUCCAGUUUUUAUGCAGUCUUUGCCAGAGGAAGAGAUCAUCAUCCGAGACGACCAAGACCCCAGAGAGAUGUAUUUACAGAGCCUUUUUACCCCAGGACGGUUCUUAUAUGCAGCUCUGUGCAAAGCAUUACAGAUAUUCUGUCGAGGAACUGAGAGGAAUGCAGACUUUUCCUGGAGUGAACUAAAGAAAGAAGUUACAUUGGCUGUUGAAAGCGAGCUCCAAGGGAGUGUGACGGAGUAUGAAUUUUCCCAGGAGGAAUUUCGAAACUUGCAACAGGAGUUCUGGUGCAAGUUCUAUGCCUGCUGUCUUCAAUACCAGGAAGCCCUGUCUCAUCCUCUUGCUCUGCUCCUGAACACGCAGACAAACAUGGUGUGCUUGCUGAAGAAGGGGUACCUGUCUUUCCUUGUGCCUUCCUCUUUAAUGGAUCAUUUAUAUCUCCUGUCUGAUGAGAACCUUUUGACAGAGGACGAGACAGCCAUAUCUGAUGAUGGCGAUGUUGCCCGGGAUGUCUUAUGUCUUAUAAAAUGCCUUCGGCUGAUUGGACAGUCAGUGACUAUGGAUAUGUCCAUAAUAAUGGAAUUGAGCUGUUUGAACCUAGAAUCACCAGAAAAGGCCGCAGAACACAUUCUGGAAGAAUUGAUCACUAAUGACGUAGAAAAUGUGAUGGAGGAUAUUUGUAGUAAAUUGCAAGACAUCAGAAACCCCAUCCAGGCCAUUGGACUUCUCUUACGAGAAAUGGAUUAUGAAACAGACGUGGAACUGGAAAAGGAAUUUAGUCCAGCUCAGCCUUUGAAUGUUCGCGUGCAUCUCUCCCAGCUCCUGGGUAGCAGCACAGCAGGGUUUAUCGUGUGCAGGGGUGUGCUUAAGAUUGCCAGCACUCGCUUUCUCAUCUGCCGAGACCUUCUGAUUUUACAGCAGCUGCUGGUGCGCCUGGGAGAUGCAAUGAUCCUGGGCGCUGGCCAGCUCUUCCAAGCUCAGCAGGACCUGCUGCACCGAACAGCCCCCCUGGUCUUAUCUUACUACCUCGUGAAGUGGGCAAGUCAGUGCCUGGCAACCGAUGUUCCAGUCGACACACUGGAGUCGAAUCUCCAACACUUAUCAGUGCUGGAACUUACAGACUCUGGCACUUCCGUUGGCAAUAAACUCGUCUCUAGCCCUCAGACGAUUGUGGAGUUAUUCUUCCAAGAAGUUGCAAGAAAACAGGUUGUGACGCAUCUCUUUUCCCAAGCCAAACUGCCUCUGAACCAAAAUGGGAUGAAUUGGCCUGAAAUCAUUACUGCAGUUACCAAUUACGUAUUGCAACUGUUAUGGCCCAACAACCCUGGUUCUCUCUUUCUAGAAUGUUUGAUGGGAAACUGUCAGUAUGUCCAGUUGCAGGAUUACAUCCAACUGCUCCAUCCCUGGUGUCAAGCCAAUGUCGGCUCUUGUCGAUUUAUGCUGGGACGAUGUUACCUGGUCACCGGAGAGGGACAGAAGGCUCUGGAAUGUUUCUGUCAGGCUGCCUCUGAAGUGGGCAAAGAGGAAUUCCUGGACCGGCUGAUCCGGUCAGAGGACAGUGAGAUUGUGGCUAUGCCCAGACUGCAGUAUUACGAUAAGGUCUUACGCCUACUCGACGUUGUUGGUUUGCCCGAGCUAGUUAUUCAGCUGGCAACGUUCGCAAUAACUGAAGCAGGUGAUGACUGGAAAAGUCAGGCUACUUUACGGACCUGCAUUUUCAAACAUCAUCUGGAUCUGGGUCACAAUAGCCAAGCGUAUGAAGCCUUAACCCAAAUUCCUGAUUCUAGCAGGCAGUUAGAUUGUUUGCGGCAGUUGGUGGUAGUUCUUUGUGAACGCUCACAGCUCCAGGAUCUUGUCGAGUUUCCCUAUGUGAAUCUACAUAAUGAGGUCGUGGGAAUAAUCGAAUCUCGAGCAAGGGCUGUGGACCUCAUGACUCACAGUUACUAUGAGCUUCUCUAUGCCUUUCACAUCUACCGUCACAAUUACCGAAAGGCGGGCACCGUGAUGUUCGAGUAUGGGAUGCGCCUCGGCAGAGAGGUCCGCACUCUUCGGGGACUGGAGAAGCAAGGCAACUGCUACCUGGCUGCACUGAACUGUUUGCGGCUCAUUCGGCCCGAGUAUGCGUGGAUCGUUCAGCCGGCAUCAGGAGCCGUGUACGAUCGCCCUGGAGCGUCCCCUAAGAGGAAUCACGAUGGAGAAUAUACAGCUGCUCCCACGAACAGGCAGGUUGAAAUCCUGGAACUGGCAGAUCUAGAGAAACAAUGCUCCUUGGCUCGGAUCCGCCUCACCCUGGCCCAGCAUGAUCCCUCAGCAGUCGCAGUCGCAGGAAGUUCAUCAGCAGAGGAGAUGGUCAGCCUCUUGGUUCAGGCUGGCCUCUUUGACACUGCUCUGUCCCUCUGUCAGACUUUCAAGCUUUCGUUAACACCAAUCUUUGAAGGGCUUGCUUUCAAGUGCAUCAAGCUGCAGUUUGGUGGCGAGGUGGCGCAAGCAGAAGCCUGGGCCUGGCUCGCAGCCAAUCCACUCUCCUCAGUCAUCACCACAAAGGAGUCCAGUGCUACUGAUGAAGCCUGGCGACUAUUAUCCACCUACCUAGAAAGGUACAAAGUCCAGAAUAACUUAUAUCAUCAUUGUGUAAUCAAGAAGCUCUUGACUCACGGGGUGCCUCUGCCUAAUUGGCUCAUAAAUAGUUAUAAGCAGGUUGAUGCUGCUGAGUUGCUCCGACUGUACCUGAACUAUGACCUUUUAGAAGAAGCCGUGGAUUUGGUUUCAGAAUAUGUGGAUGCUGUAUUGGGAAAAGGACAUCAGUACUUUGGAAUCGAGUUUCCACUGUCUGCAACUGCCCCCAUGGUGUGGCUGCCUUAUUCAUCUAUUGAUCAGCUUCUCCAGGCUCUGGGCGAGAACAGCGCCAACAGCCAUAACCUCGCACUGUCCCAGAAAAUCCUUGACAAAUUGGAAGACUACCAGCAAAAAGUUGAUAAGGCCACCAGGGACUUACUAUAUCGCCGGAACUUGUGAUCCGUUUGUUUGGCUGGCCAUUAUCACCACGAGCUGCCUCUUGGGGCUUCAAACUUUCUCCCACGGAAACCCUGUACCACAGGCUGAUCCUUUGGCCUGUAAAGGAGGGGAACAGCAGGGAGUUGGCAUUCUGUGCAAGCAACAAGGACAGAAGGGUCAUUGGACCUGUGCUUGCUGGCGGUGCUAACGAUAUUUCCAGUUUUCAACCUGGGGCUCAAACAGCUGCUUUUGUAUAUGAUUCACAAGCUUUUUUUUUAGAGUUUAUAUUUUUUUAAAGGCCUGAAAACAUCCUUUAUCUGCGAAUUCAAACUCACCUCCACUUUUCUUAAUAGCUCUGGUCUUGCAUUUUCUGUGGCUGAUUACCCAAAGCUGUCUCAACGAAUCUUUUCAUUCUGUCCUGUCACUUUUUUGUAUUUUAAUGAAAUUGUUUUGGUCCAAAAACUGACAUGUAUUUUCUGUACUGCAAAAAUUUUACGUGUAUUCUUUUAUUAUUUAUUGUGGAGUCUUAGUGGGAUCUUUAAUAGAGUAUUCAAUAUUUUUGCCAAGAUUAAGCCUAAAAUGGUGACCAGCUGUCAAAGAAAUGCCUUACUUUGAAUCUGGUUUUUGAGGCUAAAGUUGAGUAAAAUCUUAGCUAAGAAAAAAAUUGGGGUUCCCCAUCUUUAAAAGU